AUGACCAAAGAUUUUAUGGUGAACAGGUCACCGCGGCAGGAGGCAUUCCUGCGUUCCCGCGGCUUUACACUCGGCGAUCCUCCCUUUCUACCACAACAGACGUUCACACACGAAACCGAACUUGAUUUAGGUAAUCAACCGCUACACCUCGUUCACUUAGGAAAGGCAGAAACGGAUGAUGCCACUGCCGUCAGGAUCCCAGCAGAAGGUUGCAUUGUUUCUGGGGACACCGUCAUGACAGGGAGUUUUCCCAUUUUUGGACAGCCCGUUAUGAACGAAGGACUCAUGGCGAACCACGAUUGGAUCAACACAAUUAUGGAACUCCGGGCGUACGAACCUAAAUCUGUCCUACCGGGACACGGACCCUUAGCGCGUGAUGCCGAAAUUGAUCUGUUGCUUGAGAUUGAGUCCUAUUUCCUAAUAGAAGUCCGAAAACGUGUUGAACAGGGCAUGUCCUUAAACACACUGCUCACCGAAAUGGAAGCCAACUUACCCGAUUGGAUUCGCUCUAUUGCUGAGGUAUGGGGAACACCGCGUUAUGCGAUUUUAAGGGUAUAUCGCGGGUUAAUCGACGAUCCAGAACCGGGUUGGCAACAUCUGAAACCUUCGGCUAUUCCGGCUGCGGAUACCGAAAAACUUCACCAAAAAACACACGAACUUGAAAACUUUCAGGCUUAUCGAGAAACCGCCGAAGAGGUCGCGGAAGGUAAUGACUUUGGCUUAGCAAUUGCCAUCUUGAAAACCGCAACCGAAAAAUAUCCGAAUCUACCCGACACGUGGACAGAAUACGCAAAUUUGCUCACACAAGCAUCCCGCACCGUGCCAAGCGUCCUUGAGAAAGGUGACUUCUUCGCCGAAGCAAAAAAAGCAAUCAAUGUUGCUCUUGAAUUGGACCCUGAGCACGCGCCAGCACAUCUUUUGCGUGGGUACAACCAUAUUUUCUCUGCCUAUCGCAACGGCGACGAAACAAAAGCAGGACUGGAAUCCGUCUAUAAAGCUCUCGUCAUCGGAAUUCACGGGACACAACUCGCACGGGCGUACUUCUGUAUCGGACUCGCACAUCGCACAAAUGGAGACGAGACACUCGCACGUGAAGCUUUCGCGAAGGCGAUCGCCGCUGACGCAAGGUAUAUGCCAGCACAGUUAGCGAAUAUGGCAUAG